AUGGCGGUUACGAAAAUUUACAUAAUUUUAAUCCUAUCCGCAUCUGUUUAUUCUUCACCGGUUUCUUCGGAUAAAGAAGAAACUACCGAUUUUGAAGAUGAUCCUUUUGGUUACGUUCAAGAUACUGUCGCAGAAUUCAUUGACAGCUUCCUAGAACAAGAUAAUUUUCAAAUAUCUGAAGAUGUGGAUGUAAACCGAAACAGUUUAAAAGAGGACGAAACUGAAGGCAGGAGCGUAAAUUAUGAAGAUAAAAUUGAACGAUACAUCAAGACUCAUGAUGUUACUUUUAAUGUACCUUUUAUUGGAAAGGUAACACUUGAAAACAGUAAUUUAGAUGAUGAAGAAGUUGGACUGAAUAUAAAAUUUGGUGAAGAUGGUGUAGAAGAAGCUAGAAAAUCAAAACUAAAGAAAAUCCUAACUCCAAUCUUGGUAUUCGUUCUUUUGAAAGCAAUUACGAUAGUACCUUUAGUUAUUGGUGUUCUUCUUCUCAAAGCGUGGAGCUCGUUACAACUUUCUGUUUUCUCUUUCAUAAUAUCCUCUGGUUUGGCAAUCUUCCAGUUGUGUAGGAAAAUUGCGGAAAACAACGCUCAAGCUCAGAUAGCGGCGCAUGGGCCUUGGGAAGGUCAGGCGUUGGCAAAGCAGGGAAGGUCUUUGGAGUUAGAAGAUACUGAUGAAGCACAGAAUUUGGCUUAUGCAGCUUAUAGAAAGUGA